CGUUGGUCUGUGACGUUAGGGUUGAUUGGGGUGUCGUUGGAGGGAUUGGGUUUGCAUUGUUUUCCUUUUAAUACAUGUGAUGUUUGUGAUGCAUUUGGGGAAGCACCCGGUUUGGGGCCGCCGGGGGCAGUUGCUGCGAGUGCAGGAUGCGCGCACUCUUUUGACAUAUAGUUUCGCCUUUGAAUCUCUGCUUGGAUUCCGGCUCCAUGGUCCAUGCACCCUUGAGGCAGUUCUGUGGAAACCUUGGAGGCUCCAGCGAUUGGCAUUCCAGCUGGAAAAAACUGUAGCAGUCCGUCGCUGCAAGAAUCCAGGCCAUGGCGCACAUCCUUCGUCGGCAGGCUGAAGCGAUCUUGACUGGCCAGGGCUGUGAGCUGGAUUUCCGCGGGCAGAAGCUGGCUGAGAAGCUUGGUGCCCGCGUGGUGCUGGUGGACCAGCUGCAUCAGAUCCUGUGGAUGAGAAGGGUGAGCCAAUGGUCCUGAAUCCUCAGGGUCUGCACCGCAUGCACAGAAAUGUUCAUGGACUUGGGCACGUGAAACGCUUGCAUGCCCCAGAGCCCCUGGUCCUUCCAGGUGAUCACUAUUGCCUUGAACGAGCCAUGUUUCAGGAACUGGGCUUGGCUCCCACCAUGGAAGAGUUGAUGUCCAGCUGAAUGAUUGGAUUCGUCCCGAGAUGUCGGACUGGAGCUGGCAGAAGUACAUGGACUUCACCAAUGCAGGCAGAUUUGGAUUGAAAUUUACGGACCAUUUUAUGAUGAAGCAUGGCCCGCAACCAGAUCCCAAGGCAGCGCAUCAUUUUCGAAACCUUAUGCCCGAGACUCGAUCCACGCAAAACACAUUGCUGAGUCAACAGGCAUUCACUGAUCUGGAACGAACGCUUGUCGAGUAUGAGAAGGAGCAAAAGAAGCUUGGCCGUGUUGGCAGAGAUGGAGAGGAGUUCCAAGCCGAUGUUGUUUUGGACAACGAUGUGGAGGUGACAGACACCGUCAUGGCAACACAAUCUCCACAAGAUCACCAGGUUGCGGCUCAUGAUCCAGUCUGCUUGCCUUCGCGUAAGUGCAGGCGCGUGCAUGUGGCUGGAGAAUGGAGCAAGGGUGAAAUGCUGGUGAAUCAUUUUGGGGCGCCCAAAUUUGGCUAGGUUAAAGGCCAAUCAUCGUUUGCGCACACCGAGGCUUGAAUCGCAGUCUUCAAGUUCUUUAAUGUCACAGCAGUGGCUGCAGGUUGAAAAAGAAGACCACCAGGAUGGCUGGAGCCUGGUGGGUGGCAGGGGAAAUGAAUGAGUC